AUGGCAUCGAUACAGUCUCUCGUGUCUUUUAAGCUCGACCUACCUCCUAGCUGCAUCGAGUUUUUCCCUCUCAACCCGCAGUAUGCCGUCAUCGGCACCUACAAUCUGCAGAAGCAGGGCGACGAACAGGAGCCUUCUGACGGCGCUCAUGCUGUGCAGAACCAAAGCCAACAGCGCAAUGGCAGCUUGAUCUUGGUGAGGAUUGUUGGUGACAAUGUCGAUAUCAUCCAGAAUCUUUCGACACCUUCUGCCAUUCUAGACAUCCAUUUCUUGACCCAAGUCCCGAGCUCCAACUUCGCCGUCGCCACGUCAACAGGUUCGAUUGGCAUCUAUGCACUCGAACCUUGGCAGCGCGAUCCCAAAAUUAGUCAUCUCAAGACCCUCCAGUAUUUUCCAGAGGACGUCCUUAUCACCGCAUUUACAUGGCAUCCGGAAUCCUUCAUGGUUGCGAUGUCGCUCUCGAGUGGGCAAGUAUGUCUUGGCAUAAUAGACUCCGAAGAGAAGACGGAUGCACCGUCCCAUAUGGACGUUGUUCGCCAUGACCUUGAGGCCUGGACUGUCGCGUUCCUUCCAGACGGGUCAGGGCUGUUGUCUGGGGGUGAUGACAGUGCGCUUCGGUUCACUGAAUUGGCUGAAGGGUCUGCAAAUAGCGUGUCCUGGGCCGAUACGAAGAUUCAUGGCGCAGGCGUGACUGCCAUCCUACCGAUACAUCUGAGUCCCGAAGGCGUCUUGAUGCUUACAGGCAGCUACGACGAUCAUCUUCGGCUCAUUUAUGUGUCUACCUCGGGCCGUCGGCAAGUUCACGCAGAGACCAACCUCGGUGGCGGCGUGUGGCGAUUGAAGUUGCUAGAGAGGAAACCGGCGCUACCAGCUCACCACGGCGUGGAGAAAUGGAGAUCUGAGCCACCACCAGAGGACAUACUUGUUCUAGUCAGCUGUAUGCAUGCUGGGGCUCGCAUUGUUAGGCUAUUCCGAACCGCCACGACAGAUUGGAAAAUCGAAGUGCUGGCAAAGUUUGAAGAACACACCAGCAUGAACUAUGGCAGCGAUUGCCAACCGGACCUGAACGCCAAGGGCCAGCGGACGUUUCUCACUACGAGCUUCUACGAUCGAUUGCUGUGUUUUUGGAGAUACUGA